AACAACAACAACAACAACAAUUGACUGGCUGACUUAACAAAACACAAACACACCGAUACUCCUGUUCGAUUGGCGCCGCACGGUGGCGCUCCUGCAGUCAUCCUACCACCGUGUCGGUGAUAGCGGCGGCAGUGAUUUAAAAGAGUCUGAGGUUUUAGCUAUACCAAGAUGGCAUUGACAGAGAAGGAUGUUGAUGGGGAGAAGGAAAAGGGUCAAAACGAAAAUAAUGGUUUUCUGAAAGCAGUUGAGCCGUCUUUAGGUGUCAACAAUUCUACAACUUUUGCUAGUCAAAUAGUUAGUUAUGAGGGGAAGGAUGCACUUGGUUAUGCCAAUAUUCUUCGCUCAAGAAACAAAUUUGUUGAAGCUUUGUGUAUAUAUGAAAGUGUACUUGAGAAAGAUAAUGCAAAUGUUGCGGCUCAUAUCGGCAAAGGAAUUUGCUUGCAGAUGCAAAAUAUGGGAAAACAGUCUUUUGAGAGCUUUUCUGAAGCUGUGAAAUUAGAUCCACAAAAUGCAUGUGCACUUACACAUUGUGGUAUAUUGUAUAAAGAUGAAGGCCGAUUAAUGGAGGCUGCUGAGUCGUACCGUAAGGCUCUAGAGGCUGAUCCAUCAUAUAAGCCAGCAGCAGAAUGCCUUUCGAUUGUAUUAACAGAUUUAGGAACCAGUUUAAAGCUUGCUGGAAACACGCAGGAGGGAAUUCAGAAGUAUUAUGAUGCUAUAAAGAUUGACCCUCACUAUGCUCCUGCAUAUUACAACCUCGGAGUCGUGUAUUCUGAGAUGAUGCAAUAUGAUACAGCACUUGGUUGCUAUGAGAAGGCUGCUUUCGAAAGACCGAUGUAUGCAGAAGCAUAUUGUAACAUGGGUGUGAUCUAUAAAAACAGAGGUGAUCUGGAGUCAGCUAUUGCUUGUUAUGAGAGGUGUUUGGCUGUUUCACCAAACUUUGAUAUUGCCAAGAAUAACAUGGCAAUUGCUUUGACAGAUUUGGGGACAAAGGUCAAAUUGGAGGGAGAUAUAAACCAAGGUGUGGCAUAUUACAAACGAGCUCUGUACUAUAACUGGCAUUAUGCGGAUGCCAUGUACAACCUAGGGGUUGCUUAUGGGGAAAUGCUGAGGUUUGAUAUGGCAAUUGUAUUCUAUGAACUUGCAUUCCACUUCAAUCCCCAUUGUGCCGAAGCAUGCAAUAAUCUUGGAGUUAUAUAUAAAGACCGAGACAAUCUUGAUAAAGCUGUGGAAUGUUAUCAGUCGGCUUUGUCAAUUAAACCCAAUUUCUCCCAGUCGUUGAACAACCUUGGAGUAGUUUACACAGUGCAGGGUAAAAUGGAUGCUGCUGCUGGCAUGAUAGAAAAAGCGAUUUUGGCAAAUCCCACAUAUGCAGAAGCUUACAAUAAUUUAGGGGUUCUUUACAGAGAUGCUGGAAGUAUAGCUUUAGCCAUUGAAGCAUAUGAACAGUGUCUUAAGAUAGACCCAGAUUCUCGUAAUGCAGGCCAGAACCGUUUACUCGCGAUGAAUUACAUCAAUGAGGGAACAGAUGAGAAUCUAUACGAAGCUCACAGGGAAUGGGGCCAGCGUUUCAUGAAGCUGUAUCCUCAAUAUACUUCGUGGGAUAAUUCAAAAGAUCCAGAAAGACCACUUGUUAUUGGAUAUGUUUCUCCUGAUUAUUUUACACAUUCUGUGUCAUAUUUCAUUGAAGCACCUCUUAUCUAUCACGACUACCUUAACUAUAAGGUAGUUGUUUACUCGGCGGUUGUUAAGGCAGAUGCAAAAACUCUAAAGUUCAGAGACAGAGUUGUGAAAAAAGGUGGCAUGUGGAGAGAUAUAUAUGGAAUCGAUGAGAAGAAGGUUGCAAGUUUGGUUCGAGAAGAUAAAGUUGAUAUUUUGGUGGAACUUACUGGUCAUACUGCUAAUAAUAAGCUUGGAAUGAUGGCCUGUCGCCCUGCACCUCUUCAGGUCACCUGGAUUGGGUACCCAAAUACAACUGGUUUGCCUACUAUUGACUAUCGGAUUACUGAUGCGCUGGCUGACCCUCUGGAUACAAAGCAGAAGCAUGUUGAGGAGCUAGUUCGGCUACCCGAGUGCUUUCUUUGCUAUACCCCAUCUCCUGAGGCUGGACUUCCAUCGCCGGCGCCUGCUCUUUCUAAUGGGUUUAUUACUUUUGGCAGUUUCAACAAUUUAGCGAAGAUAACCCCGAAAGUGCUUCAAGUUUGGGCCAAAAUUUUAUGUGCAGUUCCAAAUUCUCGGCUUAUUGUGAAGUGCAAGCCUUUCUGCUGUGAUAGUGUAAGACAGAAAUUUCUCUCGACAUUGGAGCAGUUGGGUUUGGAAUCAUUACGAGUUGACCUUUUGCCGUUGAUUCUACUCAACCAUGACCAUAUGCAAGCAUAUUCUCUUAUGGACAUCAGCUUGGAUACUUUUCCAUACGCAGGAACUACAACCACAUGUGAAUCCCUUUAUAUGGGAGUUCCAUGUGUCACAAUGGGCGGUGCAGUACAUGCACAUAAUGUCGGCGUCAGUCUUCUAACUGCAGUUGGAUUAGAACGCCUGGUUGCCAAGACCGAAGAUGAGUAUAUCCGGUUAGCAAUACAAUUGGCUUCUGAUAUUACGUCACUCUCAAACCUCAGAAUGGAUCUAAGGAACCUCAUGUCCAAAUCCUCCCUGUGCAACGGGUCCAAGUUUAUUACCGGGUUGGAAUCUGCUUAUCGAGAUAUGUGGCGUGGGUACUGUAAAGGCCACAUUCCAUCUUUAAAGCGAAUGGAGAUGAUCCAGAAUCAGACACCACAAUUUACCUCUUUACUCUCAAAAGAUGAUCCAUUUGGGUCAGUCAAGGAAAAUGGAUUCAGUUUAGGUCCUCCACGUUUGAUAACUUGUGAAGAAAAUGCAAGUCAGACAAACCAGUGUUCAAGCGCUGGUCAGUGCACAUGAGGUAGGAUUACAGAGUCAUUAUACACAUUGAGGCAUACACGAUUUCUCUAUAGUAGUCUAGACUUGUUUUGUGUCCCCUUGCGGGGAAAAAAAAAGCCUUUUGUAUCAUAUUUAGGGGUGAGUUACAACUGAAAGGCCUCGAGAAUGUUGUGUAGCAUCAAAAAUGGUGGCCUGUUUGUUGCCAUAUAACUUACAUUUAGAAAAUUAGAACAGGGAAACGAGGCAGGUUGAUGAGCAUUUCUGCUCAGAAUCAUAUUGAAUAUAAAGCUUGUAAAAUUGGUCGUCUUCAUUUCAAUAUAAACACCAUUGUGUAGGUUUGCCAAUGGGUCAAGUUUCACGUGCA